AUGGCGAAUCCCUUUUUAAUGGACGAUGAUUUGGGGGGUAUGGAUGACCCCACCGUCAAUCCAUUUCUCAUACAAUCGGGCGGUGCCGAUACCGCCAACGAUGACAACCCCUUUGGCUCCGAAUCGGCCGUCAAUCCAUUUGCCUUUGGCGACGAUGGUGAUGCCGAAGCAGACGCCCAAGUGGCCGACAUCGAUCCGGCAAUGAGCUUUUUUGGCACCACCAUUGAAGCUGAAGAUGAUGUUCUAAGCAUUAAAUCCACAGCCGACGAUGAGGAGGACUCAAAGCCCAAGGGUCCUCCACCCAGACCAGUGCCACCCCAAACACAAGAACUCAUCACCACUGUAUCUCAUCAAAUGGAGGAGGCCAGCUCUGAACUGUUGGGUCGUAUACCGGCUACACGUUCACCCAGUCCUGUCUCAAUGCGGGACUUACACUCACCUAGCCCCACACCAGACAGUGGUUUAGCCGACCUCCUUGAUUGUUCGGACAGUGGUUCGUCGGCCAACACACAAGGUUUUGAUGUUGAUCUCAUCGGUGCGGGAACAAAUCCAGGCCUUGUCGACAAUCCCUUUGGCAUACCCACAGGCAUUGGAAACCUGCAAGGCGCAGCCCCACAAGCCCCACCUGCCAAACAACAACCUCCCAGACCUCCACCACCCAGACCUGCUCCGCCACGACCAGCACCACCAAGUGUACCGGGUCAACAUGGCCAACCAGGUCCACCACCCCGACCUACACCUCCAGCAGUAUUAGCUCAAACAAAUGAUAAUGCCGCACCAACAUCGGAACCAGAUGAUCUCUUUAUGUUUGAUGCAGGGCCACCUGCCAAACCGCCAGCUCCCAAGACUAAAGAAGACAUUUUGAGUCUGUUCGAUAAACCAGCAGCUCAGCCAGCAGCCAAACCAGAUCUUAUGAGUGAUGAUUUAGUUUUAGAUCCCACGGCAGCUGAACCAGAACCAACAGCCUCCCAAGAACCAAGUGAUGAAACCGUAGAUGAUCCCAUCUUCAAUUCCGUGCUGACUCGGCCCGAUGAAAGUACUCACAACAUAACAUCAGAGCCUCAAUCGGCUCAUCCACCACAUGGAGCAAAUAAUCGCAUUGCUCCGCAAGAACUAAGCAAUAAACAGAGGGCUCCCACGCCCGACAUAGAAAUAACUACUGUUGAAGAUUUACCGCGAUCCGAUGAUGAAGAAGAACCGGAACCUCCAGCUCAAGAAAAACAAACAACCGAAGAACCAGAACCAGAGCCUGAGCCACAACCCAAAGUAGAACCACUGCGUGAAGUACCAGCUUUGGUUAUUGAAACAGAACCAACUCCACCUGCCGAUGAUGAAGAUGAGGAUAAAUCCAUAGUACCUAAGAGUGGUGAUUCCGAUCAAAGCCCUCCCACGGAAUCCGCAUCCCAUGUUGGUGGCGAUUCUCCGGUAGAGGGUGCAAUGUCCGACAUUGCUGCCAGUGACAUUACCGGUCAUGAAAAUAUGAUCGAAGAUAUGGAUACCGGACUAGAUUUUGCACCACCCAGUGGUACAGCAUCAGCCAAUCCCUUUGCCAGUCCCGAUGCUGAAGAAGAAACAUUCCCGUCAGCCGGUAUGGUUACAAAUAUAUUUGCUGCCGAUGAUACAGGUGUUGCUGAGAAUAUUUUCACCACUAUGGCGGAUACGAUUGCGACAGCGCCAGUACCCGCAGCUGCCAUAAAUAUAUUCUCUGCUGAUCCAGAACCAGAGGUCGACACAGCUCAAUCGGCAUAUGGUACGAACAUAUUUGCUGAACCCGAUGAAUUUGAUGCCUUCGCUGCGAAAUUUGAGUCGGUGAAAAAGGAUAACAUUAGUAUUCUGGAUGGUUUCGGUGGUGGUAGUGGCGUCAGUGGAGGUUCGGGAGCUGUUACACCGACCGUUGAUGCAUGGGGAGAUAGUGCUUUUGGUACACCCAAAUCUGGUGUCGAUGCUUUUGGUGACUCUGCGGAUGGUUUCGGCGCUGAAGAUGAUGAAUUCUAUGCGAUGAAAGCACCAGUACGCUCCGACUCGGUGGAAUCUGUUGAAAAAGAUUUCAAUGUGGUUAUAAGACCCAAAACCGAAGGUGCCAGUGCUGUGGCUCCCCAAUUGGCACCACCUCCGCCAACACGUGCCGCCCCAGCAGGACAAUAUGAUGACACCUCAGCGGCUGUUAAUCCCUUCGAAGAUUCCGGCUUCCCGGCUCCAGGUGAAGUAGAUCCAUCGCUCAAACGCACAGAUUCCCAAGAUACACCACAGACACCACUCUUCGAUGAAGACGUUUCCCAACCCCUAGAAGAUUUCCCACGUCUACACUAUGUGGGACCCGGUUGGGAAAUGCAAUUGCGUCAGCCAAAUAAGAAAAAGAUAACGGGUCAGCGAUUUUGGAAGAAAAUCUUUGUGCGUUUGGUUAUACAAAACGAUGUACCCGUUGUUCAGCUGCUCAAUACCGCCAAUGAUAAGCAACCAUUCCAAGAGCUGCCGUUACAGCCCUCAUAUUCCGUGUCGGAAAUUGGCGCCCAACAGUAUGAUCAGUUUGGUAAGAUUUUCACCAUGAAAUUGCAAUAUAUAUUCUAUAAGGAGAGACCUGGUGUAAGGCCGGGUCAGGUGACCAAGGCGGAGAGGAUUACGAAUAAGCUAACGAAAUUUGCACAAUAUGCUAUUGCGGGAGAUUACGAGGGUGUCAAGGAGUUUGGUAGUGAUCUCAAGAAAUUGGGUCUGCCCGUUGAACAUGCACCACAAUCAUCACAGCUCUUCAAGGUCGGUUCCAUGAACUAUGAAGAUAUGAAGCAGUUUUCCAUAUGCAUUGAGGAGGCCUUAUUUCGUUUGCCAGCCCUAAGAGAAAGGGCCCUGACUUAUAAAAUGGAGGAGGUUCAGGUGACGGCGGUCGAUGAAAUCGUGGUGGAACAGGACAUUGAUGGAAAAAUUGUCAAGCAAAUUGCCCGAGUUCGUGUGUUCUUUUUGGCUUUCCUAACAGGCAUGCCCAUGAUUGAGUUGGGUGUCAAUGAUAUGUGGCGUCAAGGCAAAGAAGUGGUGGGUCGCCAUGACAUCAUACCCGUGGCCACUGAGGAAUGGAUUCGACUGGAGGCAGUGGAGUUCCAUAGUGUCGUCGAUCAGGAAGAAUAUGAAAAAUCUAGACUUAUAAGAUUCCAACCCCCUGAUGCAAAUUACAUUGAAUUGCUGCGCUUCCGUGUAAGACCGCCUAAAAAUCGUGAACUUCCUCUACAACUUAAGGCCCAAUGGAUUGUUACCGGCAACAAGGUGGAAUUGCGAGCCGAUAUUCUGGUGCCCGGUUUUACAUCACGUAAACUGGGUCAAAUCCCCUGUGAAGAUGUAUCGGUUCGGUUUCCCAUACCCGAAUGUUGGAUAUAUUUAUUCCGUGUAGAAAAACAUUUUAGAUAUGGUUCAGUGAAAUCUGCCCACAGACGUACGGGUAAAAUUAAAGGUAUUGAGCGAAUAUUGGGUGCUGUCGAUACACUGCAGGAAUCAUUAAUCGAGGUGACAUCGGGCCAGGCAAAAUAUGAACAUCAUCAUAGAGCCAUUGUAUGGCGUUGCCCACGUUUGCCAAAGGAGGGACAAGGUGCCUAUACCACCCAUCAAUUGGUGUGCCGCAUGGCCCUUACCUCAUAUGAUCAAAUACCCAGUGAAUUGGCUCCAUAUGCCUUUGUGGAGUUUACAAUGCCAGCAACUCAAGUCUCACAUACAACAAUACGUUCGGUAAGCGUACAAGAAUCGGAAUCGGAUGAACCACCCGAGAAGUAUGUGAGAUAUUUGGCCAGACAUGAAUACAAAGUUGGCAUUGAAACAACCCAUGGUGAAUCGACAAAUGCCUAUUUGGCCGCCACCAGGCCAAUACGUGAGGAGCCGGCAGAAAAACCAGCAGCAUCACCAGUACCGCCACCAAGUGACUCAGAUUCGGAUUCAAAUUAGAUUUA